AGGAAAAAGAUGACCUCUACCUAACAGAAGCAGAUACCAAAAAGUUGCGAAUUGGAGCAUAUGCCAUUUUAGCACAGCUUCCCAGUCGUAAGGCUUUUAUCUCUGAUCUGGGUACCUCUAUGACAAGAAAAAUGUUACGAAGAGACCAAGCCAAAUCACACCCAUACCCUAUGAAAAAGAACAAGAUUGACCCCCGCCACCUGGGAAGGAAUGUGGACAAAUUUAGCAGCAAGAAUCAUCUGGUGGAUAUUGAAUUGGGGGACUAUCAUGGUGGGGAUGCAGCCAUGGAUGAGAAAGAACAAUACCAUCAGAAGAAGCAUAUUAGAGAUAUGCCUACAUCAAUUGCCAUGAAGAAAGUUAUAAGGGACAGACUAAUGGCCAACAAGGUGUCCACUGUCACAGGCUGGGCUGGUUGGAAGUACCGAAGGAAGUUGGCCUACAACAAAUUCAAGAUUUCUGCAAGGGAGUUUUUUGGUUAUUUUGAAGUAUGGGGCAGUUCUUUCAAGAAGAUAGAAGGGCAUUUUGGAUCUGGUAUUUUGUCCUUUUUCACGUUCCUGAAGUGGCUAUUUUUCCUCAAUAUUUACCUGGCUGUGAUAGUUUUCACCUUUGUCACUUUGCCACAGGUUAUUUUCAACACCCAAAGUGCAUAUUUCACUGGGAAUAGUUCCAACCUAGACACAGCUAUAGCGCUCGCUAAUAACUGCUCAGAUCAAUAUACUGUGAAUAUUACCACAGAUUGGAGAUAUCUCAUUCUUGACUUCCUGCAAGGAACAGGCUGGAUGGAGAAGACUGUACUGUUUAUGGGGAAUUACACUACAACUUCACUGUAUAUAGGGAGUUUUGAUGCAGUAUCAUACUCAUACAACAUGCCCCUGGCUUACCUGUGUGUGGUCGGAGCCUACCUUGGACUCAGUCUCCUCAUGCUAAUGCAUCAGUAA